AAAGCGCUUUAAUUGAAAUGUUGUUUGGUUCGUUAUACUGGUAUGCAUUUUGGUUUUUCCGACCAUUAGUCAAGUGGUUUCUCAGAAAAACCACGAAGUUGUGUGAACUCCAACGAGUGUGCUAUGGUGAACCAAGCGGUGCAUCCAGAACCUUAGGUGUGGAAUUUUCUUUGGUUCACUCUAAAGUGCAAAGAAUUCAAGAAGUUGUGGGAAUGAUGAAUGAAAGAAGUGAAAAUUGUGAAUUUACUGGAAAGUUCUUGAAGUCAAAUAUCGAACUUGCUGUGAUUAGUUUAAUUCGUGUAAAGAAGAUUAAUCCCACCAUUCAUACCCAGUUCAUUAAAUCAUUCGGACGUACAGUGGAACAGAUCUGGGGAUAUAAACAACUAACAGUUGAGGUGGAAAAUCUGAGAAGAACGCCUUACGAUGCCUCGAAUCCUGAGCAUGAAGAUCUUCUGAUCGGUUUGUGGGAAAGACUUAAUCCAGAUAUACCGUUAGAGGCACGUAUCACCAAGCAGUGGCAGGAUAUUGGUUUUCAAGGUGAUGAUCCCAAAACAGAUUUUCGAGGAAUGGGUCUACUGGGCUUGCACAAUUUGUAUUAUUUUUCUGAUUACUACCAAAAAGUUGCGCAGCAUGUUUUACUACAUUCUCAGCAUCCUGUCAAUGGAUAUACUUUUGCAAUAGUUGGUAUUAAUCUAACGAGCCUAGCCUAUCAUCUUCUUCAAGAUGGAGCAGCCAAGACUCAUGUAUUCAAUUUUGUCAAAGGAAGUCCUGUUAUGAGACAUUUCCAUCAAUUGUACUGCUAUUUGUUCUGUGAAUUCGAUAGAUUUUGGUUUGAUUCAAAACCCAAAAGUAUUAUGGACUUCACUAGAAUAAUAGAUGCCUUUGAAGUUUCUAUUAGAUCCUCUCUUGCCAAUCCUCAAACUGUUUUCAGAAUAAACAUGCUUGUCGACACCAUCUGAAGCUCAUCUGAAGCUCUUUUGCUUGUACAAUGUAAAUCUCUAUUAUUCUAUCUAAGGACCACUCCAGUAAGAUAAUGAUUGGAUAAAGACUUUAUUUAUGUGUGGAACAAUAUUUAUUAUUAAAUUCUUUAUGUUACGACUAGACUAUUACUAUGGGGCCAAACUGAUAUUAAUUCUUAUGUAAAGUAGCUGAUUAACAAAAAUACCAAACGCAUAAUGACUGAGAUUUAUUGAGAACUGAUAUCUAGAAAAGGGACGCACUGUGGAAAAUUUAACAAAUGUCAAGUUUUAUGUACAUUUAUUUCAGCACCAAUAAAGAGUGAAAGUAACAAAA